AUGAACGGAAAUUCAUUAGUAUUAUUACCCUUAUUUGCAAUUAUUUGCUUGUUCUCAUCGGAAAGCGUUGCUACGGAAGACUGUUCUAUCUACAAAUCAGAUUUGAAUAUAAUUAGUUUAAAUCCAUUUUAUGUUCGAACACAGUACUAUCCGACUAUUACAUCAGCCGCUUGGGAUGGAGUUCAAAUAACUGCUUUUUUAAUUAAAAACGAUCGAAAUCCAUCUUCAAAUAUUGUUUGUUUGAAAAAUUUAACAACACUGACAGUCAUAAACACAAAUUUGACAUUAACAGCAGAUAUUAGAAAUUUAUUAAAUUUAACUAGACUGGUUAUACAAUCAAAUAAUGAAACAAUUGGUGAACAUUUACCUGCUGAACUAGGUGAAUUGGCAUUAUUAACCUAUUUGGAAUUAGUUGAUCUGGGACAAUUAAAAGAUAUACCACAAGAACUGAAACAGUUACAAACAUUAAAAUUAAAUGGUUUACCAAAUUUUGAAAAUAUAUCCGAAAAUUUACUAUCAUUACAAACAUUACAAAUACAAAACUGUAAAAAUUUCACACAAUUGCCAUCAACCGUUAAUCAAUUUAAACUUUUAUCAUCAUUAGUAAUAACAGAAACAAAUUUAAAUACAUUGAAAUUAAAUGAUUUAAGCUACUUGUCAGCAAUUCAAGUGUCAAAAAAUCCACAGUUAACAACAGUAACCUUGAUAAAUUUAUCAUUUCUAUCCGUAUUAGAUUUAUCAAUGAAUUUAAAUUUAACAGAAUUGACCGUCGAUAAUUUACAAAAGUUAUAUAGUUUAGAUUUAUCUUAUUGUCAAUUGGAAAUAUUUCCGGAAACAAUAUUGAAACUAUCAUCAUUGGAAAUAUUGAGAUUGCAAUAUAAUCGGCUCACAUCGUUACCAGAGCAAUUGUCGACUAGUUUACCAAAAUUAAAAGUAUUGUAUCUAUCAAGUAAUAAAUUUCAAGGUCAAUUGCCACUGAAACUCCCCGUAUUAGCCAAUUUAAAAGAAUUAUAUUUAUCACGAAAUCAACUGACAACUUUAGAAACUAUUGGCCAAUAUCAACAAUUGUCGAUAUUGAAUGCGGAUUUCAAUAACAUAACAGCAAUACCAAUGGAAAUAAUGCAGUUAUUAUUAACAUUACAAAAUUUGGACUUACAUCAAAAUUCUUUAACAUCAGUACCCUAUCAGAUGUCAAAUAUGGCAAAAUUACAAACACUCAAUGUACAACUUAAUGACAUAACAUAUCAAGAAAAACAAAACAUACAACAAGUGUUUCGACAAACAUCGAUUUCUGUCACCCUUUAG